AUGCAGUUUCCCAGCUUGCGCGGAAUUGCAGCCCGAAGCCAGGGAUAUGAAACUCUCCCUCCGCAUACCUCCCACAACACCUACGAGAUGGCAUCCAAAUCGCCCGAUCCUGCCACCGAGUCAUCGGAGUCAAGUGUGUUAGCGUCCGCACGCGAUGGAGAUAACUACAAGGCGAAAGCCGAGGUGCUCAACCGCGCUCUCCAGGACAUCGGCAUGGGUCGGUAUCAGUGGCAGCUUUUUGUUGUGAUCGGGUUUGGGUGGGCGAGUGACAACCUCUGGCCUAUUGUGACAUCUUUGAUAUUACCAGCUAUCUCUGCUGAGUUCAAUCCCUCGAAAGCCCCAGUGUUGACGCUGGCGCAAAACAUUGGUCUGUUGAUUGGUGCGGUGUUCUGGGGAUUUGGGUGCGACAUCUUCGGUCGGCGAUGGGCAUUUAAUCUGACCAUUGCUAUAACGGCAGUCUUCGGGUUGGUUGCGGCGGGAUCACCCAAUUUUGGUGCUAUCUGCACGUUCGCUGCGCUGUGGUCUGUCGGCGUGGGUGGAAAUCUCCCCGUUGAUUCAGCAAUCUUCUUGGAAUUUCUUCCUGGGUCGCAUCAAUAUCUGUUGACCAUCCUAUCAAUCGACUGGGCUCUCGCCCAAGUCCUGACAAACUUGAUCGGGUGGCCGUUACUUGGAUACCGAACGUGUGACUCUGCUGAUGGAUGUACGAAAAGCAAAAAUAUGGGAUGGCGAUACUUCAUGAUUGCCAUGGGGGGACUUGCCAUGAUCAUGUUCUUGAGUCGAUUCUUGUUUUUCAGCAUAUAUGAAUCCCCCAAGUAUUUGAUGGGGAAAGGGCGGAACCAAGAGGCUGUGGAGGUCGUGCAUGAGAUCGCGCGCAGGAACGGAAAAGCCACUGACUUGACGCUUGAGGACCUGGAUGAAUUAGACCAGGGCCCAGCUCAUCGUUUGAACACUUCCAAUAUCGUUCGCCAACGCCUUGAAAAGGUUAAAUUUGACCACAUCCGUGCCCUGUUUGACACUCCCAAGCGAGCAUGGGCAACUACUUUGAUCAUACUCAUCUGGGCUUUCCUAGGUCUAGGAUUCCCUCUCUAUAAUGCGUUUCUUCCGUUCAUCCAGCAGUCUCGAGGCGCAGAGUUCGGCGACGGGUCUACAUACAUCACGUAUAGAAACUCGCUGGUCAUCGCCGUGAUGGGGAUCCCCGGCUGCCUCCUCGGUGGCGUGCUGGUUGAACUUCCGCGUUUCGGUCGGAAAGGAGCUCUUUCCCUCUCCACAAUCUUGACAGGUGCCUUCCUCCUUGCAUCAACAACAGCGACAACCUCCAACGGGCUUCUAGGAUGGAACUGUGCCUUCAAUUUCAUGAGCAGUCUCAUGUAUGCCGUGUUGUACGCAUACACGCCCGAGAUCUUCCUUACUAAAGAUCGCGGCACCGGCAACGCCUUGACUGCUUCUGCCAAUCGAGUCUUUGGCAUUAUGGCGCCUAUUAUAGCCAUGUUCGCCGAUCUCAAUACGGCCGCCCCUGUCUACGUGAGCGGCGCACUCUUCGUCGCGGCUGGGCUCCUCGCGCUCCUGAUGCCGUUUGAAUCGAGAGGCAAGGCGAGUCUGUGA